UGUAAUCAUUUCUUUGUUAUAAAUACAAGCACCCACUUGCGAUCGCAUACUAGUCCAUGGCUACUGAAAUUCCAAAUGUGAGCUUGAGCUCUGGCUCCAGACCCAUGCCCCUUGUAGGCAUGGGCACUGGAGUGGCUUCUGCGGUCCAACCUGAAACCAUGAAAGCUGCCGUUCUUUAUGCCAUCGAGAUCGGUUAUAGGCACUUCGACACCGCGUCUCUCUAUGUCUCAGAGCAGUAUCUUGGAGGAAUCAUAGCUGAAGCUCUACAAGUUGGGCUCAUCAAAUCCCGCGAUGAGCUCUUCAUCACCUCCAAACUAUGGUUGACCGACAACCACCCGGAUCUUGUCCUGCCAGCACUCGGGAAGACUCUUGAGAACCUUCAAUUGGAGUACCUCGAUCUCUUUCUCGUCCACUGGCCUGUGAGUAUGAAGCCUAGUGAAAAUAAAUUCCCAUCUGAGAUUGAUUCUCUCCUUCCUAUGGAUUUCAAGUCUACUUGGGAAGCUAUGGAGGAGUGUCAGAUGCUUGGCCUCACCAAGUCCAUCGGAGUCAGCAACUUCUCUUCCAAGAAGCUUGCUGAAUUGCUCUCAACGGCCAAGAUCCCUCCUUCAGUCAAUCAGGUGGAGAUGCACCCGGUGUGGCAGCAGCAGCAGGUGAGGGAGUUCUGCAAGAUGAACGGUAUCCAAGUGACCGCUUACUCUCCGUUGGGGUCCACAGGAAAUCCGUGGGGCACCAAUGAUGUAAUGGAGAAUCAAGUUCUGAAAGAGAUUGCCAAGGCCAGAGGAAAGACUGUUGCUCAGGUUGCAUUGAGGUGGAUAUACGAGCAAGGGGCUGGUGUGUUGGUAAAGAGCUUCAACAAGGAGAGGAUGAAGGAGAACCUUCAGAUCUUUGACUGGGCAUUGACAGAGAGCGAGAACCACCUGAUCAGUCAGAUACCUCAGCGAAAAGGACUUCCUGGAAACAGAUUUAUCUCAGCCAAUGGGCCUUACAAGACUUUAGAGGAGUUGUGGGAUGGGGAGAUCUGAUACAAAAGAGUGGCUAAGAUCCGUGCCAUUGGUGGGUUCGUUGCUCCGUGGAACCCACCUGGGCACAUGAUCUUGAUCAUCUAUUUUAUGGGUGCCGCAGGGGGUGGGAAACUGUAUAAACCGUGUCAGUUGGACAAUUGUCAACUUACAAGUAAAAGAUUGGGCACCUCGGAUGGCUGCAUCAUAGCAUGCUUGUACAGCUUUUCAUCAAUCCUUUACCAUUGCGUUUUCCGGUUUUAAAAGACAA